CUUUUCACCAUAAAUAGGCCAGUCACUGAGAGCAGCAGCUGGAGGAGGAGGACGUCAGGUUGUGCAAAACAGAGAGAGGAAGGAAGGAUGCCCACCCACUGAAAAGUUUACGGAAAAAGCAGAAAAAUGGAUGUGACGGAAAGCAGUCAUCAUCGUCAGUCCCUCUUGGAUGCUAUACAACGUUUCAAUGCGGCAACAACCAUAAUGGAUGAGACAAUACUGGUACCCAGCAUGCUUCAGGAUAUUACUUCAGAGGAAGAGGAGCAAGAAAAUCAUUCCAAGUCUACACAAGCUGUUGAGAGGAAAAAUCUGUAUGAUUCCUACCUUCUUCUGAAAUCACUCAGGCAUGAUAUGAAAUGGGGAAUUUCUCAGGAAAAUUUAGUACAAAAACAUUACCCUGAGAAGGCAGAAGUUACACCAGAGGACGAGACAGGAGAUUUGGUGGAACAAUUUCAACAUCACUUAAGAGGCCUUCUCUCUGUUCUCACCAAGCUGACCAAGAAAGCCAAUAUACUGACCAACAGCUACAAGAAAGAAAUUGGGAUUGGCACUUCUAAUAAUAGACAAUAUUCACGGAGCAUCUCCCAUUAAGGGGAUGCAAAAUCUAAUACCAGCAUGGGAUUUUGGAGUUGAGCUUUACAUAUGCAAAUAAAUGUAACACCAGGAUUUAGGCAGAUUUCUUUUAAAGCUUCUUUUUGUUGUGACACUUUCAUUUGGCAUCGUUUUACAUUGGAAAUAAAUACAUUUAAAGCUGUUGUUAAAGGAAUAAAUAGAUGGAUUUUAAAGAAAAAAAGAAAAAAAAUGUAUCAUUACAAACUAAAAAUACAUUGAGAAAACCAUACCAAGAAAGGUAUUCUUCAUUUUCUUCAGGUAUACAGUAUGAGAAGUUUUACGCAGAAGACCAUUAAAGAGACAGUAAAGUCAACAUAAAAUUUUCAUGAUUCAGAUAGAGCAUGGGAUUUUAAACAGCUUUCCAGUUUACUUCAAUUAUCAAAUGUAAAUUGUCCUCUUGAUAUCCUUUAUAAAGAGUAAAGAUAAGUAGGUUGAUAGGAGCUCAGGAGUGUGCAUGUGACCUUAGCAAUCAAAUGACUUCUCUGCUUUAUUGAGGGAACUUGAUUUUUUUAUUGUCCAGAAAAAAAAAAAUUCUAUAUUGACCACUGCCACACAUUUUACCCAAGAAGCACAGAACUCAGUAAUAUAUAUAUAUACACUAUGGGGCCAAUGUAUCAAUGUCUGUCCGAAAUGAUACGCUGUAGCGUAUCAUGUCCAACAGACAUCGCUGAAUGCCUACAGCAUACACUGCAUUUAACUUUGCACAAGCAGUUCACCAGAACUGCUUGUGCAAUGCCGCCCUUGCAGAUUCGCAGUCAAUCGGCCGCUAGCAGGGGGUUUCAAUCAGCCCGAUCGUAUGGGAUCAGGCGGAUUGAAGACCGCAGCCUCAGAGGCAGCGGAUCAGUUAUGGAGCAGCAGUCUUUAGACCGCUGCUUGAUAACUGCUCUCUCUGGCGAGCCUAAAGGUUUGCACGGAAACAGCAGUUAUGAAGCAGCGGUCUAAAUUCGACCCCUAUAAAAGAUAUUGUUGAUUGUGUGUUCAACCCCUAUAAAAGAUAUUGUUGAUUGUGUGUUCGACCCCUAUAUAAGAUAUUGUUGAUUGUGUGUUUACUAAUCUUGUAAAUAUUUUUUACAUUAUAUAUACAGUACAUAUAAACAUAGCCUAAUGUGCUUAUGAACUAAUACAGUCAUUCCUUCCAAACUCCCUUUUGCUUGAGAUAAGGCAAUUGACACACAGUUCUGUAAACAGUCAAGGUUAGAUUACAGCAAAAAAAGAAAGCCAGUGUGCUUCUUUAUUACUAAAUGUAGAACAAGGACAUGUACAGUCUGUGAUACACCUAGCAACAGCUGCUUUCUGUAGCUAUGGAAAUACUUUUUUACUCAGGAAACCAAUAAACCAUGGGUUUUCCUUAUUGACCACUUUUCAUUGGCUGGGUAAGCAGUGCCCUUUCCUUAUCAACUAGAACCACUCAAGCUCCGAGUCUAAAUGUUUACACUGUGCUGUAUUUUACUUUGUUAACCCUAUAAUAUCCUGUGAAUAUACACAGAGCUGGUACUUAUUUAUGCUAAGUACUGAUGCAAUAAAAUUAUUUCUGAAA